UCCGGAAACCCGGAAGGGAAACAGCCGAGCGCCUUCGGUACCUCCGGCGCGGUGAGCUGCCGAAAGAAGGGCUGAGCGCACGGAGCGGCCCUUAGCCGGGAUGGGGCUGCUGGCUCGAGCUCUCCGCGCAGCCCGAGGCUGCCGGGCGAUCGCACUGCCUGCACGCAGCUACCAUGCGGGGUCCGGCAGGGUCAGCGCGUUGGCAGUACGCCCGCAGCAGCCGCGGCGUGGGCUGAGCGCCUGGCCUCGCUUAGACGAACUGUUUGCCACCCCUUCCUUAAGUCGCCUCCUGGAAGCGCGGGUGCAGGGCGAGGCCGGGCCGGAGCUGGCGGAGCUGAUCCAGCGGCUGCGUGACAAGGAACGGGAGCUGCGAGACACGCGGGAGCUGGCACUACAAGAUGAGAGUGAAGAUCUGCGGAAACUUGCAGAAAGGGAAAUCGUUUCCUGUGAAGAAGAAAUAGCUGAACUGAAACAACAGAUAGUAUUGCUUUUGAUUCCUUCAGAAGAAACACACAACAGUGAUCUUGUUAUGGAAGUAACUGCUGGAGUUGGAGGACAAGAAGCGAUGCUGUUCACUUCAGAGAUAUUUGAUAUGUAUCGACGAUAUGCUGCUUAUAAAAAGUGGAAAUUUGAAAUAUUAGAAUAUUUUCCCAGUGAAAUAGGUGGCCUAAGACAUGCAGUUGCCAGUAUAGCGGGACUUGAUGCUUACAAGUACAUGAAAUUUGAAGGAGGAGUGCAUCGUGUUCAGCGGGUUCCAAAGACAGAAAAACAAGGGCGCAUUCACACCAGCACGAUGACUGUUGCAAUAUUACCCCAGCCCACUGAGAUGGAGCUAAAAAUUAAUCCAAAAGAUUUGCGAAUAGAAACAAAGAGAGCUAGUGGAGCUGGAGGGCAGCAUGUCAAUACCACAGACAGUGCUGUACGGAUAGUUCAUAUUCCAACAGGGGUCACAUCUGAAUGUCAGCAAGAAAGAUCUCAAAUUAGAAACAAAGAGAAGGCUAUGCAAAUGCUUUGUGCUAAACUCUACAACAUCAAACUAGAAGAAGAAACCAAAAAGAGAAACAGCGUUCGAAAGAUUCAAAUUGGAACCAAAGGAAGAUCGGAGAAGAUCAGAACGUACAACUUCCUACAGGACCGGAUUACUGACCACAGGAUAAGCAGAUCAGUGCAUCAUACUGAGAGCUUCAUGUUAGGGGAGGAAAUGCUAGAUGAAAUGAUACAAGCUCUGAAGGAAUACGCUGAUUAUGAAUCUUUAAUGGAAAUUAUUUCAGAAUAUGAAAAGUGAAUCUUGCUCUUUGUCAAGCCAUGUCUGCAGGUAUAGAUACUCACCUGCAAAAGAACUUCUUGGAGUACCAUUCAGAGAACUGAACUGCUUUUCAGAUAAUGGAAGCUGGUUUCCUUGUGACUGAUGAACAGUAUUCAUACUUGUUGCGUAAAACACCUUGUUGCUGCUGCAGUGCGCUUAAAGUAAAUUUGACUGGGCCAGAUGUAACUGCAGUUUUUAACCUUCUCCACUGAGAAGAUACUGAUACACGACUCUCAAAAGGUAUGCAUUAAAAAUAAGCUAUUUCUAGUUUCACAUCUUGUUCAAACAGUAGUUUCAACAUCACCACAGUGUCAAAUAGCUUAGUCAAGGUAACAAAAAAAAUAAUAAUCCUGUUUUUGUUUAGUGAUGGGAAGAAAGUGAUAAAUGAACACACUGCUAAUCUGCAGAUUUGUUGAUGACUUAUACAUGGUAUGGGAAAGGGAGUUCUUAUAUAGCAAGCAGUAAGAAUUGUGUAGGAAUACUCCUUCCAGUAAGAGUUCUAGAAGUAGCUAUUUUUUGGAAUUAUCUUUAAAAAGAAUGUUUCUUGUAUCGGAACUGAAACAAAACAAAAUUGGGUGACUGUCUUGAAGGCUGAUACAAUUUCAGUCUCCGUUUCUUUGCAGUUUAUCUUUUAUUUUUAAUUGGAUCUGCAUUUUACUGAUUUUAUUUCUCUGAAGUUUACAUAAUAUGUGUGGCUGCUCACUGUUUUAAACUAUUCAGUUUAACAGCAUCUUAAAACAUUUGUACAAAGUGCAAAAAACUGCCUUUUUCAUUUACUAAUGUCAGUACACGUCUCUAUCUGAGGUUAAAUAAGAUGGCAUUUUACAGUCUUAAGGAUUUGUGGUAAUGCAAAACUUGCUGCCUCCAUGCUACAUUAUCCCAUCAUUCAUUGUAGAUAUGUGUGUAUACACACACAGAAUGUAUUCAAAGUACCAGUAAAUAAGAAAUGAGACCCUAAGGAAAAUAUCACCAUGAAUAAAGCUGUUUACUUUGACACUUAUUAGCAUAAGAAAUCAGAGUAAGAAUGUAAAUGCAGUAAAUAAAGCAGGAGUUUGCUACAGGUA